AUGCAUCUGGUGUACGUCGCGGUGACGAUCCUGGCGGCUCUUGUAAGAUGCAGCGGCGCAGUCAUGUCCGUCGUUGACCCUGGGGCUGUCCUGGGACCCGACGUUGCUCGUGAGGACUUCGUGGUGAAAGGCCACGUCAACGAAGCCAGUACGGAGAGGCUGUUGAGGGAGCCUCGUGCGCGCAACGGCUCCGAAGUAAUACAAGUGGACGAUGAGAAGAGAAUCUACGGACUCGCCAACAAAGUAACGUCGCUUCUUACGACGGUCUCGCAAAGUGACAUCGCGGGGAAGGCCAAAAGUGCUGCGAUGACCGCUGCGGGUUCAGCGAUGGUGCCAGCUACUUAUCUCGCUGUACUACUCAGGGCAACCGCCGACAAGCCUCUGGGAGUGAUAGCACCGUUAUGGAACACGCUGGGCAACGGUCCAUCCUCUCUACUAAUCAAGGCCAAGCUUAUGGAGCUUUCACAGACGUUCACCGAGGUGAUGAAGGUCGGUGCGACAAUGAGUACGGUAUAUCUCGAAACCCUCGCAUCGAAGUACAGGUUGGCCAUUGACGGACUGUUGAGCAAGUCAGCAUCGCUUUUGAAGACGCUGGCUGCACAUCCGGAAGUCAUGAGAAUCAAGAGGAUGCUUGAAGAGCUGGUUUCAUACAUGGUAGUGACAGCUGCGAUUUUGUUUGUUCGAGUGCAAGUCAAAAAGAACACAUCGAAGCUGGGGGCGUCCAUCUAUCGGCUUGUAAACAAGUAUUCACCGUAUCGGAAGGCAAUUGGCGCUGGUCUGACAUCGAAGACCACGCGUACGAUGUUUGCAGAGAAGGUCACAGACGUGAUACUACAGAUUGCGCUCAAGUUGAUUAAAUUGUCGCUGGGAAAGCACGCCAGAAGGUUCAAGGCAGUCGUCGGUCCGCAUCUGAACAAGUACUUGCCAUACCGGAUGGAACUUAAAAUUCCAACGGUAAGACCUAAGAACAAAUUCAAGGAUCUUGCAAAAACGGUGAGAGGUCUGAUAAAAACAGCCGUGAAGUUUGUAGUUAAAGUGCAAGUCAGGAAGCAUGCAUCAAAUUACAAGGCGACCAUCAAAAAACUUCCGCACGAGUCAGCACGGUACCGGGGGAAAAUGGCUGCCAACUCUACCGUGAAGAAAAUCAAAGCCAAGAUCAAGAAGUUUGCAGCAAAGGUCGCAGACGCGCUAAUGGCGAUUGCGCUAUCGAUCGAAAGGAUACUGGACAAAGUUGAAUUGAUGUCGAAGUAA